GCUUAUAUCCCUGGGCAGGGUCCAGUAUCGCAACCUAUCCAGCCGCCUAGUGGAUAUCAAUUUCAAAGUCGCAACGGACAGAGCUACAAAAUUGUAUACGUUGACGGCCGACCACGAAGACAAAAACUCAAGGGUGCUUUCCUUGGGGGUGCUGCCGGUUUGGCAGCCGGGCUAGCUGGUGGUUAUCUGGCAAGUAAUAUGUUCCACGGUCCAUCUUGGGGAGGCGGAUGUGGAGGCGGAUGGGGCCUCCAUCGAGGUUGGGGAAGUUGGUCAUCACUGUCUAGCUUCAGUUGGUCUGACUGA